GCCCCUUGGGGCGCCCGGUGAGCUUGUGGCGGCCAUCCCCGAGGUGUGAUAAAGUGAUCAAGGAAACGUGGUGCCCUGCAGGAGGGUGUGUACCUAUGAGGAACAGGAAGCCGAGCGGCUGCCUGCCUGCCUGCCUGCCUGCCUGCGGAGGUUUCACGGCUCCGGCGGGUGCAGGUGUGCAGGCGCCGAGCCGCUUCUCUCCGGGCAUCUUGGCAGCCACAUCUGGAAGGGGGGGAGAAAUCCAAGCCGAAGCCAACCCCCCAACCCUUACCAAAAGGAAAAAAAAAAAAGCAACAAGCUUCCAGGUAGAGGAAUAUGACGGCCUUGCAGCUGAAAGAGCUGUCACAGUCGGGUCUGUACAGGAGGAGACGGGAUCGUCCGGAUAGCGUGGGGCAGCCUGGCUGGCAGGAGGAGAAGCUGAGCAACAUGGCGAAUGCGCUCGCGAAUGCCAUCUGUGAGCGCUGUAGAGGCGGCUUUGCACCAGCAGAGAAAAUCGUCAACAGCAAUGGUGAGCUGUACCACGAGCAGUGCUUCGUGUGCGCCCAGUGCUUCCAGCAGUUCCCCGAAGGGCUCUUCUACGAGUUUGAAGGGAGGAAGUACUGUGAACACGAUUUCCAAAUGCUUUUCGCCCCAUGCUGCCAUCAGUGUGGUGAGUUCAUUAUUGGUCGUGUUAUUAAGGCUAUGAACAACAGUUGGCAUCCAGAAUGCUUCUGCUGUGACAUCUGCCAACAAGUAUUGGCAGAUAUUGGAUUUGUCAAGAAUGCUGGGAGGCAUCUCUGCCGUCCUUGCCAUAACAGGGAAAAGGCCAGAGGCUUGGGAAAGUACAUUUGCCAGAAGUGCCACGCCAUUAUUGACGAACAGCCUCUCAUAUUCAAAAAUGAUCCUUACCACCCUGAUCACUUCAACUGUGCAAACUGCGGGAAGGAGCUUACUGCUGAUGCUCGUGAGUUGAAGGGAGAAUUAUAUUGUUUACCCUGUCAUGACAAAAUGGGUGUCCCCAUCUGUGGAGCAUGUAGAAGACCAAUUGAAGGGCGCGUGGUGAAUGCUAUGGGCAAACAGUGGCAUGUGGAGCAUUUUGUGUGUGCGAAAUGUGAGAAGCCAUUCCUGGGUCAUCGUCAUUAUGAGAGAAAAGGCUUGGCAUAUUGUGAAACCCACUACAAUCAGCUGUUCGGUGAUGUUUGUUUCCAUUGCAAUCGUGUAAUUGAAGGAGAUGUUGUGUCAGCUCUGAAUAAGGCAUGGUGUGUGAACUGUUUCGCUUGUUCAACUUGCAACACUAAGUUAACACUCAAGGAUAAGUUUGUUGAAAUUGAUCUAAAACCUGUCUGCAAACAUUGUUAUGAGAAAAUGCCAGAUGAAUUUAAGCGACGCCUUGCCAAACGGGAACGUGAGGCGAAGGAUAAAGAGAAGCAGAAAAAGAAAAAGCCAAUCUGUCUGUAAACUUUUUUUCCUUCUCACCACCACCUCUGCUCCUUUCUUCUUUGGAAUAAAUUCGUUGAAUUUGAUAUGAAGCCUGUCUGCAAAAAGUGCUAUGAGAAGUUUCCUCUAGAGCUGAAGAAAAGACUGAAGAAACUAGCUGAAACUUUGGGAAGGAAGUGAAGACUUUUCUGCUCUCCCUGUUCUUUAUGGAAAUGUUAUACAUCUUACUCGUGGGGAGGGACUUUGAGGCUGCAAUGAGAUAAUAGAUUAUGAUGCAUGCCUUUCAAUCAGACUGAGAUAUUUUGAAAUUUUCCAUUCUCUGUACAUGUACAUGUAUACUUUUUUGUUGAUAAAUAGACCACACUUAUAGACUAAAUUAAAUAUCAACUCACCUGAAAGGUUUCAGACCCUGAUAAUGCAGUAGAAUUGGUACAAGUGCGCCACUGUGCACAGUAAUCUCUGUGGAAUUUUAGAUGAAGAAUAUGCUUGUGAAUACCUGCAAAGACACACUUUGCAAAUAUGUCCAAUGUUAAGGACACAUAGUGUCAUUUAUAUUAAUGAAAGUAUUGAUGUGCAGAUUAAGCAUGAAUAUAAAACUUCGAGUGUCUAGGGCAAGAAACCAAACAUACCUCACCUCAUGGAAAAACAAAACAAAACAAAGAUGCCCAGAUUUCAGGUCAAAUAGUCUCAUUAAGGAGCCUGGUUUCAGAUGGUUUGAAAAGUAUCUUAUUUCUAGAUACAGUCACUGUACAAAUGACCUGCUUCUGAUCGUUUGUGCUUACAUGAUGAAUCUGUACAUCGGACUUAGCAUGAAAUAUCUGUAUGAAGUCUAUAUUCCUACUGCAAGAAAUGAGCAUACUCAGAACUACUUGAAUUUUGCUAUAUUCCAUUCAGAGUAACACAUUAACUUUUAUAUAUGCUUUUGCAUUGUAUUUACUUUUUGUGCCUUGUUCUGCUGGACCAUACAUAACAGUGUUCCAUUAAAUAUAUAUAUAUAGUUUUAUUUUUAUUUCAUAUUUUUAUGCAAAAACUAUAUACAAGGUAUUUUCAAAAGAUAACAUACUUUGCCUUAAUUAUUCAGGAUGCAAGAGGAAUUUUGUUACAAAUGUGAACACCUGAGGUUUAAAUUUAGCUUCUUAGCUUCUUUAACGUCUAGAACAGUAAUGGAAAUGCAUAUUUCAAUUAACUGGCAAUAUUACUUUUACACUGUGAGUGUAAAUAUAUGUGGUUUGAUCCUGCUAGGAUCUAUUUCUUUAGUCAUCCUCAAGAACUGAGUUCACAAGUCAUCAGAAUUCCUUAUAACAUACACCUGAUUGUUUUAUACCGUCGACUUCUGUUCAUGCACACCUGUUUUAUUUUUCCCUUUUCUAUUGAAAAUGCAGUUGCUCAGGAAUUCCUGAUGGUACUGUGUUACCAACUACACGUGUUUGUUUUUUCUUUUUCAUACUAGUGACUUACACAGAUUUUAUGUAAUUACAUCAUAGCAAGCAAAAUUUCCUUUCCUGUUUAUGGAAAACUGGUUGCUUCAAAACAUCUUUCCAGUGUCAUCAAUAAAGGCUAUGUUAUUAAGACUUG